AUGCCUGCAGGACUUGUGGAACUAAUGGAAGGCCUCACUAAAGAGGUUCUUAGAUGUAAUCCAACUGACGUGUUUGAAUUCUGUGCAGAGCAUAUGAAGAAGUUGCUCGAGUUAAGGGAUGGUCGUCCACCUGACAGGUAUUUAACUCUGGAAAAAAAAAUUAUUAAGGCUACUAACAUUGUAAGACAAAGAGCUAAGCAAAGGCGUCAAAAGUACGAUAAAGAAAUGCAGUUAUAUUUGAGGCAAGAUAGCUUGUCGCCCCAGCAUCCAUCUGAAAAUAAAGAGUUUGAAUUAAAAUGGGACAAUCAUUUAAAUGAUUCAACAGCACAGAGUUUGUUAAAAUUGGAAGGUGUUUCAAAACUAAUUAAGAAUGAUAAUGUGAAUAAUUUUGAUUUGAACAACACUGAAUAUGGAAACUGUAAUCAAGACAGAAGUACAGAAAUUUAUUCAAAAGAAAUUAAGGAUGAAGAUGCAGUUGAGAAGUUAAGUAAUAUGGAACAAGUUUCUGAAGAUACCAUUAACAAUCACAGCGACCAAAAUCAAAAGCCCAAUUUUCAUGUAAACAACAUCACUCGUGAUAUAGAAAAACACGGUAUAAAUAAAAGUGAUAGGGAUACUAGUAGCCAUGCGGAAAAUAUGGUAGAUGAUACAAAGCAUGUUGAUAAAAUAGAAAAUACAGAAAGCUUAUCGGUUACUAAUAUUUAUAACAUAGAAGGUGUCAGUGUAGAACUGGAAAAAAUUGAAACACUUGUUAAGAAUUAUUCAAAUGAUAAACCAGUUUUAACCAACAAUGAAAAUGUGGUAAUUACUGCUGACACUAUCAUUAACCAGACGGUUGAAGAAAAUUUAAAAGCUGUUGAUAAUAUACAUGUUGAUGGAAGCAUAUCUGAUAUCGAAAAUAAAGGAAUAUUAAAUCUUGUAGAAAAAAAUAUUGGAAAAUCUGCAGUUUCAAAUGCAGAAGUUUGCCAAGAAAUUAUGAAAGUAUAUGAAGAUGACAAAGAUGAUAAAGAACAAAUUAAUUGCGACCGGAAUGCUAUAGUAGAAAAUAAAAUUUUUGAAAGUGAUUAUACAUAUAAAGCUGACAUUGUAACAGAUAAUAAAGAAAGCACAGUGUGUGAUGAAGUAAAUAAAGACGAAUACAGUCAUCAAUUUAAAGAAGGUAACUUAUCAUCUGAUAUAGGGGAAGUUGAAAUUGUGAAUGCUAAAUGUUUACAAAAAGAAACUUUUGGUAAAGAGUGUAAAGACGGAAUUGAUACUGAUUCUCACGAUGUUAUUUCUAUCGAUAAAGAAAACACUCAAAUAAAAGCAGUCAUUACGCCUAAUAAUUAUGCAGAAAUUGAAAUUAAGCCUGUUAUUAAUAAUGACCAAUUUUUACCAGAGAAUAAAUUAAACAUGAAUGAGAAUCAUUCUAAUGUAGAAAAUGCGAACGGAAGUAAAAGUGAAAAUAAAUUAGAAAGCGAAGCUUUAAAAAUAAAUAAUGGGGACCUUGAUACUAUUGUAGCAAGCAAUGUCAGUGAAACAAAGGUUCAAAUAGUUAAUAAAUUAUCAUCGCAGUUUAAUGAUCAAAACAUAGACAAUGCCACAAGCAAUAAUUUUGAAGAAGGGAACAAUAAUUCAACUGAAAAUUCUGAAAUAAAAAUAAUAAAAGAAGACGUGUAUAAUGACAAUCCACUAUUAUGUGAACCAAAUAACUCAAGCAUUAUUUUGAAUGGUGAUUGUAAUAUUAAUGAUAAAGAUAACAGUGACGAGGAAAUUUUAUCAAAUACCACUUGUGUUGUUGAUGAAGCAAGUGAAUCUAAAAGAACUCAGGCAAUGGAUCUUGAAACGGCUGCUAUAACCAUACAAAAAGUCUUUCGCAACUUUCUUUUUAGAAGCAAAACUUCUAGUUUUGACGAAUCUACAAAUAUGGACUUUAAUGGCUUUGAACGUGAAAACAACUUAAAGGAUGAAGAAAUUACCAACAAGAAUCAGAACAUUAACAAGGAUAGACGAACACUUGGCAUAAGUCGCAUGGACACUGUGUUACAAACGGUAAAUGAAGAAAAAUCGCUCUCUGUAUCUACCGACGAUUCGUCUACACUAUCUAGUGCUGCUACCGUCAUUCAGGCUCACAUCAGAGGUUUUCUAAUAAGAAAUCGGUUGAAUCGCAACAAAACAAUUUCAAAUACUACUUUAGUUGAUUCUGAUAACCCAUCUACGUCCUUAGAAACUGAUCCAGAUCCUACUAGAAAUAAAACAGUGUUAAACAUUCACAUUGUUCCUGAUGGAAGUCAGUUCAUGAGCAGAGACGAAAGUCUGUUGACAUCGGUAGAGUUAUCUUUAGAUGGGAGCCCACCUACAUCCACAAAUUUGCAUCCUUUAGGUUACGACAAAAACGAACGACGUAAACAGUUAAAAAGAGAAGAUGCAAUUCAAUCUAUAUCACCCCCUAGUAACAGUUGUAGUCGUCUUAGUGAAGAACUCGAUUCUGCAAAGGAACUCUUUGUUAAUGACACUAGUAUGGAAAAAGAGCAAAAGAUUACUGAUGAAAUACCUAUAGAUUCUGAAAUGAUAGUUGGAGCUAAUAGUGGAGAUAUCUUGUUGAAAGAAUCGGUGGUGGAAGAGCAGCAUCAGGAUCAAAACUUAACACUUAUGUCUGAUUUUAAGCAACACGCAAAAUCUGAAAUAUCUUCUGACGAAUCAGAUGUGAUUACUCCUUUUGUACCAACCGAGGAAAAUAAUGGUGAUUCAGAUAAUACAAAAUUGCUUCACUCUGGUGAAUUUCACGAUUUGGUCCUACCUACGAAGGUGUCCCGCAGUGACACGUCAGUCGUCCGUGGUGAGUGA